CUGGGGCCACGCGGCGCAAAUAACCAUAGACAACCAACUCGCGGCUUUACGCGUGUGUCUUGCAGUUAUAUUAGUUGUGCGACACGAAUUGCAGCCGAAGUUUUGCUCGGAAAGCAUCGCUAAGCACAGCAUCACCUCUGGGCCACUGCCAGCACAGCAGUCGAACAACGCGAACACAUCGAAGAACGCAUCGAAACAUGGCCCGCGAAGCAUUAAAAAAGAUCGUCGUCUUCGGCGGCAACGGCUUUGUGGGAAGCGAGGUCUUAAAACGACUCAGCACCAAGCCGACGGUGCAAGCCGUCAGCGUGUCGCGGCGAGGAGCCGCGCCGGGCCACUGCGCCGACUUCGCCGAUAAGGUCGAGUGGCGGACCGGCGACUGCCUCGACAAAAAGACCUACGCCGACGCCCUCGAGGGCGCCGCGGCCGUUGUUGUAAGCGUAGGGAGCCCACCACUACCCGGUGAUGUAGAAGCCGCGCGUCGAGCGAACGGAGAGACGAAUGUCAAGGUCAUCGAGGCCGCGAUGGAAGCGAAGGUCGGCCGCGCCGUCGUCGUCGGCGCGACGAUGCCGCCGUGGCUCGACAGGGUCGCGGAGGGUUAUGCCUUGGGCAAGCGGGACGCCUUCGAGGCGCUUGGAGGGUUCGCCCUGGGCGGCGGCGCCGUCGUCGUGAAGCCCAGUGCGAUCUACGGGACGCGACAUACGGAGUCAGGCUACCCCAUACCGCUGGCGCCGGUCAUGGCGCCGCUGUCCUACGCGCUUAGAAUAGGAAGACCGGUGACGGGCUUCGUGACGGGCCUCGCGCCGUCGUUGCUCGACGGUCUCUUGGAGCCGCCGGUCCCCGUGCACGCCGUCGCGCAGACGGUCGUCGACGCGUGCCUGGAGGAGGAGUAUGCCGAGGGCUUCGUCGCGCUCGGCGUGGAGGAGAUCCUCAAACGCUGUUAAUUGUAUAUUUAUGCGAC